GCCAGCUCAGUACUUUCAUUUGGCUACCGAACAUUCAGGAUCAAUGAGCCACUGUGCCACUGUUGCCGUAUCACUCUCGGCUGAAGCUCGCGCAUCAUGCGCCUCGGCUGCCCUUGACCAAAAAGCCCUAGAGCCGAAGGUCUUCUCAUGGCGGAACCCGCAAGCCAACAUUUUGGUCAGCUAAGUGAGUUGCACACCAGGUACGGCAUCAAUGAGCCUUUGCCAAGUUAUUUCAAGCUUCGUGGCAUCGAAGAGUUCGAGGCUUGGAUCGCCGGGAUCUACGAGGACGACGUACGAGAAGAUCUGCAGAAGGUGAGUGCUGUGCUAAACUCUAGAGAUUGCGCUCAUGUUUCUUCCAUCAUCAAAAACAACCUGGAGGUUUUGAGAGAUCUACUUCAGCGGCGUUUGGCCGCCCUGACGUCUUUGCAAGCUGAAACCCAAGAGGCCACCGAAGUCCUUCACCUUUUGCUCCGAGAACUUUGGGCUCGGAUCACAGGUGGCAGCUCCACACUGUCUGAACAAGACACAUCAAGGUUACGAUAUUUGUGCGGGUUGCUGCGAACCGCAAUUGAUCAGUGGGACCAACGUAAGAGUGUGAGAGGGUGGUGUACUCAGUUUUGCGCGCAAAUAUGGGCAUUGCGGCAGAGUCGUGGUCAAGGUCCUCCUGGUCCUGUGGACUACGAAGUGGCCUUUGGGGACUUGAGAGAUCUCCUGUCACAAGCGCAAUGGCAAGUGUGUGUGCCACGACUGGCGCUGAUGGACGCGUUGCAGGAGCCUUUCAUGCCGCUGGGUUUGACAGAGGGUGAAGCGCAACGGUUUCGCCACCAACUUGGUCAGCUACACAAGCGGUAUCAGAUCUUCGGGGACAAUGGGACGCUGAGAGUGUUGCAGCUCCGAGGGUUCGAGGCUUGGAUCGCCAGGAUCUCCGAGAGCAUGGUGCGAGAGGACCUGGACAAGGUCAACGACGUGCUGCACCUGAAUUCCAAGGCAAAUUUCUUGCUUUAUGGCGUUCAGAAAUGCAUUUUGGAGGCUCUGGGAGCAGACCUUCAGCAACUUUCCACGGCUUUAGAGUCAUUGAAGAACACCAAUAUCCCAGAGGCCACCGAAGUCCUUCGCCUUUUGCUCCGAGAACUUCGGGCUCGGAUCACAGGUGGCAGCUCCACGCUGUCUGAACAAGACACAUCAAAGUUGCAGCAGUUGUGCACGUUGACGCAACAUGCCAUGGUAGGUUGGAACCAGGUGAAGAAGCCAGGGCAGGAAGUCAAGUGGUGCGAACUCUUUUGUGGCCAAAUGUGGGCAUCGCUUCCUCCUGGUUUGGGGGAAAUAGCGGCUGUUGUGGACUUCAGACAUGUUGAAGGACAAGCGCAAGCCCUUUUGGCCUCACGGCGCUUGAAAGAAGAAAUGAUGCAAUUGCUGAAGGACAGCUUGCAGACGAAAGAAGAGUUGCCGAAGCCGAGUUCACAAAAUGACCACUGGAGAUGUCAGGUGAUAGAGAUUCGCGAGAGAUUGAAGAAGGUAGAGUACGAAUCUUCAGCCUCAAAAAAGUUUUGUGAAAGACGGGAGAGUGAUAUGAUGGAGGAGCACACGCUUCCAAUGAUGCAUUUCAAGGAGAAACUCGUGGAGUCUGACAAGAAGGUUAAGAUGUUGGAGAGGGAAUUGAAGAAACUGAGGGAUGAAGUGCAGGGGUUCAGAUUGAAAAAUGAAACAUGCAGCAUGAAAGCAGCGGCUGAGAAGCUGGAGUUGCAGAGAGAACUGCUGAAUGUAAGGAAGGAUCUACACGAGAUGAACUUGAAGUAUGGUCGCUUGACCACCAAUGGCAACUUGAAGAUGAAGGAGGACGUGGAUGACUUCAAGUCAACGAGGCAUAGUGCCAAGGAUGGAUGGCAGGAAAGUGACCAAUCCUGCCCCUGCCAGGCAGAUUUGAACGAUGGCUCAGGAUCUUGGUUCCUGAUCCAGGAAGAGAGUGAGAUCAGCAGUGCCAUCAGUGCAACUUCCUGCUUCUCUGUAGGCACCGGGGGCCCCUUCUGCUUUAUGCCGGACGCGCUCUUCAAGACGCCCAGCGGCCAAUUUCUGAGUGGGGCUGAUUUGUACAAAGGGUCUCAGAUCCUUGCAGCUGACUGGACCACCGUUUUGCAGGUUGCACUCCCACCAGAGAAGCAAGCUGCACGCGCCACUCUGCUCCUCCAUGCCCAGGAGGCCAAGCUACAGGUAACACCGGACCAUCGUGUGGUCUUGGGCAAUGGUCAUUUAGUCGCAGCAGCAGAGCUGAAAGUUGGCGACGAGGUCAUGGUUGGCGAACAAGUCCCCACAAAGCUGACCUCCAUAGAGUUUGUGCCGGGACCUGAGACUGUGUUGAAGAUUGCCUUCCAACCAGACAUGCCAGUGGCCGUCUUUAGCCCGCCAGCGUGCAUCCACAGCCACGGCCACAAGCUCCAGGAGAUUCGUCGCGCAGGGAAGCAUUGCCGCCGCAAGGGCAGGAAGAUGACAGUGCAAGCAGACUCCUGGAGCAUUCCCGACACCGCUCCAGGGUACUAUUCGGAUUGAUGCGUUCCAGUAGCGGCGUCACAGUUCUUUUUGGUACCCGGUGAUCGGUUGCAAGAUGUUGCAGCGGCCUGUAU